ACUCUAAGAAUCCGAAGCUUACUUUUUGUUACCCGAGUGCACCGAACACGUUCAUCCCUACAACAACGCAGGCAGGACCGCUGUCGAACAAAAGGGAUGCACCGGUGGUUCGAUACACGCCGGAUGUCACGAGAGCGCAGUUUAAAGGGCUGGAAACAAUCGAUUCAUUCUUCAGACGUGCCGUGGAGAAGUACAGUGACAAGCCGUGCAUUGGAACACGUGUUUGCAAGAAGGAGAAAUACGAAAUGGUCGAUGGCAAACGAAUGAUCAAGUACGAUUUGGGUGAUUAUCGUUGGAAGUCGUACAAGGAGACCGACGACGUCGUGGAAGCCCUGACGAGAGGUCUCACUACGCUCGGCCAACAACCCUACUCCCGUCUCGUCAUCUUCGCGGACACACGCGAGGAGUGGAUGCUCAUAGCGCUCGCCUGCUUCCGGAGGGCCAUAAUAGUGUGUACCAUCUACGCUACAUUGGGCGACGAUGGACUUGUUCACGGCAUAAACGAAACUGAAGUGAAAACUGUAAUUACGACUGAAGAAUUGCUUCCAAGGCUGGCGAAGCUGAUGCCAAAGUUGCCCGGUGUGACGCAGAUCGUGUACAUGCCAGCGAGGGGCACUACCAAGCCCCCGCCGCCCAUGGGUUCGGCCACUGUGCUGCCCUUCGAGUCACUCAUAAAUGCCAAGCCUACAGAAGAGAUGCCACCCGUUACUCCAAAGGCCCAAGACACUGUUAUUAUUAUGUACACCAGCGGUUCGACCGGGCAGCCUAAAGGCGUGGUACUGACAAACGGCAACGUGAUCGCCUUCAUCCUGGGAAUAGCCAGCGUAUUACGAGAGUUCACGUGUGGGGACACCUUCAUUGGAUUUCUUCCUCUUGCUCACGUCAUGGAAAUUGCAGUCGAGAUUGCGUUCAUGUCGCUGGGUAUGAAGAUCGGUUACUCAAGCCCCUUCACGCUCACUAAUCAGGGCACCGCGUUAAUGCCUGGGGUCAUUGGAGACGCUCCUUUGCUGAAGCCAACCUGUAUGAUUGCUGUUCCGCUGCUGCUGAAUCGUAUUCGCAAGGCCAUUGAGCAAACUUUGUCACAAAAGGGCCCCGUGGUGCAAGAGCUAUUUGCCUUCGCAUUACCCUACAAGUCUUACUGGAGGAAGAAAGGCUUCACUACGCCCAUUUUGAACCGAAUCGUGUUCCGGGGCUCCAAGCAGAUCUUCGGUGGUCAUCUGAAGGCCAUCAUGUCCGGUUCGGCCCCACUGUCCGAUGACACGCAGGAGUUCCUCACCAAUUGCCUCGACUGUCCCGUGGUCCAGGGCUACGGCCUCACCGAGACCACGGCAGGAGCUACGCUGCAAGACCAAUGGGACCUCACUGUUGGCGUGGCUGGGCCUCCAUUGAACGGUGUGCAGAUAAAGCUUGUUGACUGGGAAGAAGGUGGCUACCACGUGGCUGACCGGCCGUACCCGCGAGGCGAAGUGGUCAUCGGGGGUCCCACUGUGGCAGCAGGCUACUACUUGAAGCCAGAAUUGACUGCGGAGAGCUUCAAGGACGACGGCCAGAUGCGUUGGUUCUAUACUGGGGACAUUGGCGAGUUCCUGCCCAAAGGCCUGCUCCGGAUUAUUGACCGCAAGAAGGACCUGGUAAAGUUGCAGAAUGGCGAGUACGUGUCGCUGGGCAAGGUCGAAACGGUGUUGAAGACGCAUCCGCUGGUUGACAAUGUCUGCGUGUGCGGGAGCUCCCUGAGUACGUUCAUCGUUGCCCUGGUCCAACCAAAUGAGGCAGCCCUGAAGCAGAAAGCAAAGUCCCUUUCCAUUGACGAGAACCAAAGCUUGGCACAGCUUUGCCAAAAUCCCAUUUUACACAAUGCCGUGGCCAACGAACUGACAACUCACUGCACUAAAAGUAACCUCGCAAAGUAUGAAGUUCCACUCAAGUACAAACUCUGUAAGGAAGUAUGGACGCCCGAGAUGGAUUUGGUGACGGCAGCGCUCAAAAUUCGACGCAUUCAGAUCCAGAAGUUCUACCAGGAGGAUAUCCAGAACAUGUACCUGGGAGUGUCGAACGCGGUGUCUGCAUCGAAUCUGCCAACCCCGAGGCCCGGCAGCAGAGUUGGAUCUCCUGACGGGAAAAUUGGGAAGAAAGAUGCAGAUUCUGAAGGUGGCGCCAAGUAGCAACGGCAUCGCCACGCCCUCGAAAAUCUGCAGGAUGGCUGAAGACGGCGCACAGCUCGGCCCGUCAGCAAAGCAUUCACGCCCGUCACAAUACACACGCAUGGUCUGCGCUUACCUGGGCCUUAACGCGGCAAUGGCCUCUUCUCGAAGAGACACCUGAGUGCGUCUUAGAGCAGGUGGUUGGAGCACACUCCAUGAAAAUUGCGCUCUGUAUUCUCGCUUGUCUCUAUGCGUGAAGGCUGUCUCCAGCGUUGAGGCCAUUAAAUUUUUAUAUGAUCAGUUCACUAAAGCAGGGACUGUAGAGUUUCUGAAUGCC